AUGCCUCGGGGACAGAAGAGCAAGCUCCGAGCUCGCAAGAAACGCCAGCAGACCUGCGGUGUGGCCCAGGGUGCCAAGGCUGCCCAGGCCGUUCUAGAAGAGGAAAUAGAGAAUCUCAAUCCCUCUGCUCCUUCCUCUCCUGUUGGGGUGGGUGUUCCCCCAAACUCCCCUGCAUCGUGUAUUUCCCAGUGUGUACAUGGAGGUCUACCCUCUAGCUCUCUUUAUGCAGGUGUUUCUGAUGCAUGUUCUCAGGUAGGUGUUGAAAGUGGGGCAAAGGCAAGCCUUUCCAAGGAGGCACCUUCUGCUCGGAUCUCAAUCAGAGAUCCUCUGUCCAGGAAGACCCAUCAGUUGGUGCAGUACCUCCUGGAGAAAUAUAAUAACCAAGAGCUCAUUAUGCAGGCAAACAUGCUGAAGGUUGUCACCAGAAAGUAUAAGGCACACUUCCCUGAGAUCCUCAGGAAAACCUCUGAGCGUCUUAAGCUGGUGUUUGGGCUUGACUUGAAGGAAGUCAAUCCCAGUAGUCACAUGUAUGUCCUUGUCAGCAAGCUAGGCCUCUCCACUGAGAGUAGUCUGCAUGGUAACCAGGGCUUGCCCAAGACAGGUCUCCUGAUGACACUCCUGGGCGUGAUCUUUAUGAAUGGCAACUGUGCCACUGAGGCAGAGAUCUGGGAGUUCCUGAAUGCUCUGGGGAUAUAUGCUGGGAAGAGUCACUUAAUCUUUGGGGAACCCGAGAAGCUCAUCACCAAAUUGGUGCAGGAAAAUUACCUGGAGUACCGUCAGGUGCCCAAUAGCAACCCUCCAUCCUAUGAAUUUCUGUGGGGUCCCAGAGCACAUGCUGAAACUACCAAGAUGAAAGUCCUGGAAGUUUUAGCCAAGAUCAAUGACACUGUCCCUCGCUGCUACCCUGAUCUCUAUGAGGAGGCUUUAAGAGAUGAGCAAGAGAAGGCAGGACUGCAAGCUGCAGGCAGGGCGUCCACGGUUGCCAGGUCCAGGAUGGGUUCUAAGGCCAAGUCCUGCAGGUCCUCCCACACCUAA